AUGAAGACAGCAAAGAUCAUAACGACUCUGGCAUUCAUUGCGACCUCCGUGGCCGCCUCUAUCAUACCCAGAGACGCCACAACCAUCCUCAACGACAUCAACACCAUCAAGACGCAACUCCAAAAGGUCCACGAUGACGUCCAAGCAUUUCCAGGGGGGCCGGGAAGCACUCUGCAAGCCUUGGGAAUCAAGGCCGACUCCGACACGCUCGACAAAACACUCCAGCAAUCUGCCAAAGACGCCGCAGCUUCCUCAUCUCUGAGUGACUCGGACAGCGCAACUGUCGCCAAUGCUGUAACCGGCCUCCAAUCGCUAAUCUACUCGACCUUGGAUCUGCUGGUCUCCAAACAGCCCGGCUUCCAGAACGCCAUCCUCGGGCAAUCGGCGGACAGCAUCGUUCAGAGCACCCUCAUCUCGCUCCGAUCAGACACGGCUGACUUUGCUGGAAACGUCACCAACAAGUUGACGCCGACAUUGAAGCGACUGGCGCCCUUGAUCUCCUCGGACAUCGACUUCCACUACGUAAGGGCAAUUCAAGCCUUCUCCACGUAG